GUUACGUAAGCACUACGUCACAAAACAGGAAGAGAGCAGUGAAGUUCUUGCUUCGCCGAGCAGGUUUAAUCAGGACGUCAUGGCGAUGUUGGGAAGCUUUAGUGGAGCUCCGCGGAGCGCGAGGAGCCUCGGCGCGGGAGGAGACCGGGACCUGACCGAGUUCGUCUGUCCCGUCUGUCUCGAGAUCUUCGACUCCCCGAUGGUCACGGAGUGUGGACACACGUUCUGCCACAGUUGCCUUCAGGAGUGUUUGCGACCCAAGAAGCCGGUGUGUGCCGUGUGCAGAGCCGCUCUCGACAGAUGGGGCAAAGCUCUCGAUCUGGAGGCUUUAAUCCACAGUACAGCAAAACCGUGCAAAGGCUGUGGGCAAGCGGUCGUGUUGUCGGAGAUGAGAGCACACAUGGGAAGCUGCUCCAAAUAUCAGGAGUACAUCCAGGAAGGGCUGAAUAAGAUCACACACACUCAGCCUGAUGCAGUCAACUCCGUGCCUAACCGCUACACCUUCACCUGCCCCUACUGCCACAGCGCCAACUUCGACCAGGACGGCCUGGUGGAGCACUGCAACUCCCAGCACGCCCGUGACCCGCGUCCAGUGGUAUGUCCCAUCUGUGCCUCCAUGCCCUGGGGGGAUCCGUCCUACAAGAGCUCAGACUUCUUUCAGCAUCUCCGGAUAAGACACACUUUUUCCUACGACACAUUUGUGGAUUACGGUGUAGACGAGGACGCGAUGGUCCAGGACGCCAUCCAGCGCUCUCUCAUGGAUAACUGAGGGUUUUUCGGAGAACGGGAGAACACGUCAUGUGGUUUAGAGCACAACUCGCAUAAUCACUGAGCUCUAGGGUUUAACCAACAUGUUAUAUCUGAAGUGCUUUCUUUUAGUUUUAAUCUCUUUAACCAAAGUCGUGUGUGUGUGUGUGUGAGUGUGUGUCAGAGCACAGCUUUAUUACAACACUUAUUAAUUACAACAAAUAAAUUGCACACUGUGUGAGUACCACGUUUUAAAGAUCAGAGAUAAAGUCAGGUACGGGGGACGCUAACGUUUAAACUGACAAACGUCUUUGUUUACUCGUUAAUUAAAGUGUAUUUCAGUGCCUUUCAGGUUUUGUUUCCAGGUUUUUAUACUCCCAGCUCUUGCUUUACAACAUUAUGUACACAAAUACAGAUUAUUAUUAUUAUUAUUAUAGUUAAUAUCAUUAGCAAAGCUCAAAAACCUGAAGAGAUCACACAGCUGAGGUGCUGGAUUAUUUACACUCUGUAGUAUAUACCACGAAAUGAUGCCUCUUUAAUAAAACAAACAAACAAACGAAAAAGAAAAUAAAAGUUUAAAAAUUGA